AUGCCAGUGAAAAACGAGCCCGGCGAUACCGGGGCUGAGAUAAAACCUUCGGUGUCUGUGGCUUCGUCUGUUGCGAAUGGAUCGGCAGGCUCACUUUUGACCCCUAUUGUAACCAACGCGGAGACUCAUAACAAUACAAGCUCCAUUGUAGGUAAUGGAGCGGUGAAUAACAAUGGCUCCAGCAAUGGUUCAACUCAUCAGGUCACGCCUCCCCCGCCUGCAGCAUCCUUUUCAGCCAACGAAAUAUGGUUGCAACAGCCGAUGCCUCCAGCUCCCGUCGGCACUCAGCCUCUAACAUAUACAAAUUAUUUCCCAAAUACUCCAGUGGCUAGUUAUAAUGCACCUGGAUAUCCCGGUUCCUAUAACCCAGUGAUUGUAAAUCAUUCAACUCCUACCGGUGUCUACUCUUCAUUUCCUGCUUCCACUCUGCCAACAGCUGAUCAAUCCUAUGAAACGUUGAAGCGCAGACCUAAAGAUGAAUCCGAUCGACCAUCUUCAAUUUUACCCCCCAAACGAAAGAAGCCUUACGUUCCAAGCUACAUGGACCCGGAUAACGUGGACAAAUGCGUGGUUUGUGGAGACAAUGCCACUGGCUUUCACUACCGCGCCAUGACGUGUGAAGGGUGCAAGGGUUUCUUCCGGCGUACAAUCCAGAAGAAAUUAACAUAUACUUGCAAAUUCAAUAAUAAUUGCAAUGUCAUGCACAAGCAGAACCGCAAUAGUUGCCAAAAAUGUCGCUUUGAUAAAUGUAUCGCAGGUGGCAUGAACAAGGACUUGGUUCUGGAUGACAACAAACGCAUGGCAAAGAAAGAUUUGAUCGAAAGGAAUCGAGAGCGCAGAAGACUUGAAGCAGCUGGCCUACAGGCUCCGCCACCGUCAACGCCACUGACUCAAAGACCUCAAAGUUAUGCUCCAGCUACUGCUGUUCCAAAUUCGAUACCCUUUAACGCACCUUUGCCAUACGGUAUACCACAACUUGGCUACCCCCAAGGACCUCCGAUUUCUAUGCUAAACCACUCAAAUGUUCAAGCAAUGCAAAAUUUUCGUACCCCGGGGCAGGCUUCAGGAGCGAAUUCAAUGGCGGCUACAGCAGCAAUGGCCGAACAAUCUGCUCAAGCGCUCCUAACGCCAACAAUGACGGAAACCAGAAUUUCUACCAACAGCCACACAUAUACCACCAGCAGCCAGGUGGAUAUAAUCCCCUCAGCUAUGGAUACCAGUACCCUCCAGCAGGAUACCCCGGUGUUCAGGGAUCAGAUUCGACCACCAGCAGCAACCAGUUCAAUGGUAGUGCCCGCCAAUAUAGAGGCGACGGCAAUAGUGGCUUCAGGGACGGAGAUGGGACAGACCGACUCCGCUAGUUCUAUGGUUUUGUCAUCAAAGCCUGCUCCGGAACAUGAGAGCAGAAUUAUUCCUAGCCUUGAAUUAGGCAAACUUGUUGCAACUGCAGAUACCGAAACAUUUAAAAUAGCAAAUUACAAUUUGACGAAUGCCUAUCGAGAUAUUAAAUUCAAAUGUAUUGAUGCAGAUGGAAAAUUAGCUAAGCUCACUAGUGGUCUGAUUGUUGAACGCAAUGCGAAAUUAAAAGUACUCACGGAAAUUUUCAAUGUGCGAGCGAUUGAAGUGCUUUCCUUCGCUAAGUUUAUUCCCGGUUUUCUAUAUGUACAUAAUGAUCCUGAAAAAACAACCCACUACACUCUACUGACAUUCUUUGUUUUCUACGUUAUUGAUCAUUUCUCCCAAAUUCUCGCGAUAGAAGGUGAGGAGGGUUUGCACCAAGACGAUAUCUAUAAAAAUGUAAUUCUGGACGAGUGGGAAUUUUCGAAUGGAAUCUUUGAGUUGUUGGAAGCGCUUAGGACUGUGAAUCUCGACGAUAUGGAAAGGGCGUAUGUAGCCAGUUUCCUUCUUGAAUUAUAUCGUCCGACUCACGACAAGAACCAACGACAAUAUAAGCACGCCAAUCUCUACACUAUGACUGGCUUGACCAUCUACUUUCAAGGAAAAGGUGUUGAUAUUGACAGACGUCUGUGUGAUAUAUACGAUUUUGUAUUGAAAAUCAAGCACAUGUCUGCCGGAAUACGGAAUGGAUCGCAUAAUGAUUUCUUUCAUACGUUUUGGCUACUCAACGCCAAGUGCUCAAGGCGCUGGGUAGAAGGCUUCACAGAAGGUGCCAUGAGCAUAAAGUCUGGGCCAUCAAAUUAA